AUGCUGGUACGAGCAUCUCGCAGAAGACUGCAGCUUGCGAUACAACAGGCUCGAUUGGACGCAGAAUCUAUACAGCUGCCGUUUCUCUGUCCUGCCCUUCUCAAUCCACCACUCCAAACACGAACAUCUUCUUCAUACAACAAUCCAUCUUCAAAGUCCGGUCUAAAGUCACCGCGCCCAGCCUCGCGUCCAGACUACAAUGUUCUGCACUCAACAAGCAGGGGUUUGGCGUCCGCUGCAGCCAUCGAGUAUCAAUCGCCGCAAGACUUCAUACCCUUCUCUCCCUGGCCCGAAGCUGCAAGCUUGCCAGCUUUUGGACCAGAAACAAUUCCUGCUCUUCACGGCUUUGAAACGCGGCCAACGCCGCUGAUACUCGAUGACCGCCCUCUAUCAACUCUCGGCAAGUUUCGAUCUGCUGAUGGGAUCAGUGGCGAUGUCAAUGAAAUCCAUCAAACUUUACACGCUUCCCUCCGCAUUGGCCGGUUUGAAAGAGCGGCUACCCUUGUGCGACGACUUCACCAAAUCUACCAGCCAGAGGCUGCUGGGCUACUUGCCGCACACAAGGAUUAUAUCAGAGAAAUGACGGCCAUGAUCAUCAAGACUAAGAAUAUGCUUCAAUUGCAAGCUUUAUUGAAGUGGUACGAGAUCGAAAUCAAAGCUCAAGGCGUUUCUCAAGACGCGGAACUCUUCGCGCUCAUAAUCCAGGCCUGUCUUCAAGAUCCCAACUACAAAAAGCGGAUGCGAACAGUGAGAAGGUACUAUAACAUAGCUCGCGAUCAUGGCAUAGAAGAAGAGACAAAAGAAAGGGUUCCAGAACUAGAAGACGCUUUCAAGAACUUCGGCUGGUACAUAAAUCGGAUGCCUAUGCCAGCCGAACAAAGACCCAACGUGCCUGGUUUCGAACCCGAUUUUGACCCUUUGUCAAGGAGGUUGCGAGAGGUCGAGACCAAAGGUCAAGGGCUUUUGACCCUGAGGAAGUCGUUAUCGUCGCUGCAGAAAUCAAGCGAGCUGCAAGGAAUUGCUUCUAAAGACGAACUUCUAGCACGGGCAGAAGAUCAAACAAUUCCUAACGUGGAUCGACAGCUGUACAUGGAAGAGAAUACAGUCAAGGCUGCCCUAGAGCGUUGGCAAAUUGAGAAUGCCCAGCUCAGAAAGAUUGGAAUCAGUAGCGCGCUCCAAGACAGAGCUCCCAUUGGAGGCUUGAUGUGGACUUGGCACGAGCAGCUUGAGCCGGCCAUCAAGGAAGAAAUGAAGAUGUUCGAGAAAGCGGAGAGGAAUGCGGAUAAGAAAGGAAAGAAGACAGCACCUGACAUCGAUCGGCUUCAGUGGGGACCAUUUCUGGCAAGCCUACCUGCUGAAAAAAUAUCCGCUUUGACUAUCAUGGCCGUAAUGCAGACUGCAUCUACUGCUGGGAACGUGAAGGGUACGAAGCUUGUUACUUUGGUGUAUCAGAUUGGGAAACUGCUUCGAGAAGAAGCCUAUGCUUGCAUUAAUCGUGAAAAUCGUGGCUUUCAGGACUGGCGCAGAAAGAGUCACACUCGAGAUGGAUACAUCAAAGCCUCACGAUUGAGAAGUGUUGCAGAUAAGCUUGCAGCUGGCACAGAGCCUGAGCUGUACGACACAGCGCAUUGGCCAUCGACAGUUUCUUUCAAAAUUGGAGCUUUGCUAUUGUCCAAGCUGAUAAGCAUUGCAAAGGUGGACGUCUCGCGAAAGAAUCCAGAGACGGGGUUAGAUGUUCACGAGUCCCGGCCUGUCUUUUUCCAUACAUAUCAACACUCCAAAGGAAAGCGAGUAGGUAUUGUGCAGCUGAAUGCGGCCAUCAUGGACAAGAUGGCAAAGGCGCCCGUCGGCUCCGCCCUCGCAAAAUUGUUACCGAUGGUCUGCGAGCCGAAACCUUGGACUGCUUUCAAUAGCGGUGGUUUCCUAGACCAAAAUCUCCGAGUCGUGCGAGCUCAUUCCGCGGAUUCAUACUCCAAAAGCUACUUGAUGACGGCAGCUGAAACUGGCGAUCUGGCACAGCUCUAUCAAGGGCUCAAUGUACUUGGUAAGACGCCCUGGAAAAUCAAUCAGCGAAUCUUUGGGGUCAUGGCAAACGUUUGGGACACAGGAGAACCAAUUGCUGGCAUUCCGCCUGAGAACCCUACAAUGGAAUAUCCUCCGGAGCCUGACUCGUCAAGCGGCCGAGAGGAGCGCCGGCGCUGGCUUACUAAGGUUCAGAGACUCGAGAACGAAAAGACAGGCCUCAGGAGUCAGAGAUGCUUCAUGAAUUUUCAAUUGGAAGUGGCUCGUGCCUUUAGCAAGGAGACGUUUUAUUUUCCUCACAAUGUGGAUUUUCGAGGCCGCGCUUACCCGAUGGUGCCAUUCAUGAAUCAUAUGGGCGCUGACAAUAUGCGCGGGCUCCUUCUUUUCGCAGAUGGCAAGAAGCUUGGCGAGUCAGGUUUAUGGUGGCUCAAGGUACAUCUUGCAAAUGUUUACGGAUUCGACAAAGCUAGCUUCAAGGAGCGAGAAAUGUUCGCUGAAGAGAGUAUUGCUGAGAUUACAGACUCGGCGUUGAAUCCAUUACACGGACGACGUUGGUGGUUGAAGGCGGAAGACCCUUGGCAAUGUCUCGCUACUUGCAUCGAAUUGCAUGGAGCUCUUCAACUUGAUGAUCCAACUCAAUUCAUUUCGCACCUUCCCGUUCAUCAAGAUGGCACCUGCAAUGGCUUACAGCAUUAUGCAGCUUUGGGCGGUGACGUGGUAGGAGCCAAACAGGUGAAUCUGGAACCUGGACAACGGCCGUCAGACAUCUAUACCGCAGUCGCAGAAACCAUAAAAAACGAAGUAAAGCAAGAAGCCUCAGACGGCCAUCUCAUUGCCAAAUACUUGGACGGUCAUGUCACAAGAAAGGUCGUCAAACCGACAGUCAUGACCAACGUCUAUGGUGUCACGCUUGUCGGGGCGAGAGCGCAAGUUCAAAAGCAGCUGGCAGAUAGUCUCAAAUUUCCGGAAACGGGUCCGGUUACCCUACAGUACGCAUCACACUACAUCGCGAAGAAGAUCUUCAACACGUUGGGCAACAUGUUCAACGGGGCUCAUGAAAUUCAGUACUGGCUCGGAGACUGUGGCAAUCGAAUCUGUGAAUCAGUCUCAUCAGGACAGAUUUCUCGGCUGGAACAACAAUCCAACGGUGGGUCACCGCGUACCGCUUUUCGGAUGAAGGAAUAUAAAACCAAAGCUGACUGUGGCUCGGCUGCCUUCCUGACGCCUGUGACUUGGACAACGCCGCUUAAAAUUCCCGUCGUUCAACCAUAUCGCAAAAAUCAAAACGCGGCAUUAAAGACAGAGUUGCAGACUAUUUGGCUGCGAAAGCAAAUUUCACAGUUCCCAGUGGAUAAAACGAAGCAACUUCAGGGCUUUCCUCCAAACUUUAUCCAUUCCCUUGACGGCACCCAUAUGUUUUUGACCGCUUUGAGGUGCAAUGAGCUUGGCCUGACAUUUGCCUCGGUGCACGACUCAUUCUGGACCCAUGCUGCCGAUAUCGACGUCAUGAACAAGGUCACUCGCGAUGCCUUCGUUCGGAUGCACUCCGAAAACAUCGUUGCUCGACUUCACGCAGAAUUUGAGACGAGGUACAAGGGAUACAUGCGCUUAGCCUCCAUCUACCUUGCAACACCAGUGGGCAGGAGUAUCGCACGAUGGAAGAAAAACAAUCCUGGAAUGGGGACCAGCGGGUCCAAGACUACCCAGGGCCGCAUUGACCCGGGUAAGGUUGCAGAGUUGAUGUUGGAGGUAAAGCGCUUGCGUUUGCUUGCCUCCAAAAACGCCAUGGAAAGAGCGGAGGGUGAGGCCAUGGAAACACCGGCUAGCAUAUUCGAAAAGCUUUCGAGCGAAGAUGCUCUUGCGGCUCCUGAUCGACGACCGACGACAAUCGGUCAGAGGCGCAGGGUCGGGCAGGUCAAGCUCGAGAGCAAGAGGCAGGCCGAGGCAGUAAAGACAGAGACUUCGAAGCUGCAAGAAUUGUCGUUGGGUGCAGUUGACUUGGGCGAUGAAGAAAUUGAUGCUGUUGAACAUCAAGCAGGCGAAAGGGAGGUCAUUCACGGAGAAACAAGAGAGGAGGCUGUUUCUGAAGGGGGGAUCACAAGCAGCCCAAGGUGUUGA